GAAGUCUUCUUGAUUGACAGACAAACACCCCCUCGAUCAACGGCCUGGACAGCUUAGAGCGGACGGACACCAGAUGAAGGACCAAGCGGGAGGGCACAGAGGCGACACGGAGCUCUGAAAAAAGAAAGUGCAGGUCGAAGGGCGGGCCCACGGCGGCCAUGGAGCGAUCCAUAUCCAUGGGCCCCUUGACGAGGCAGCACAGCCGACACAUGGUCGCCUCUGCCUGGGCCAAGCCGCUUCCCGCAUGGGCCAGCGCUUGUGUCAGACCUGUGGUCGUGGCCAGGCCGGUCUGUACGUCAGGGAAGUGCUGCAAACCCGGCGUUGAUGGAGCAGCGACGAUGGACCUCGUCUUGGGUGACGAUGCUGCCGCUGCCGUCGGCCCGCUCCGAUGGCAUCAACAUAUGCAGCCAGGUCUCGAUCGCAGUCGACACGCCCUUUCAAACCACAUGGAUUACGGGGAAGAACUGCUCCGGAAAAGAGCGAGUCUUCCUUCCUCAUUCUUCACUUCGACCUCCUUGCCUUCGGUCGGCGAUGUCGAAGCGCUAUUCACCAACGAUGAGGUACUGCCGCAGGAAGCCAAUGAACCACCUCUCUGGCUGUCAACGUUCGAAGAGCAUCUCAUAUCAUCGCAGCUCCGAACCGUCUUCUCUCAAAUACGAUCUGGGCAACAUGACGUUGUUUCAUUAGCUCGCACGCUCGUCGCAAAGCUGGAGUCAUCGCCACGAGCGUCUUCUGCCUCGGAGGAACAAGUUCAAGACGCCCAGAAGCACGAAGAAGCCCAGCUCCUCAUCCUCUCUCGCUGGGCUGUAACGACGCUGGCUACGCUCGAUUCAUCCUCACCAGAGAUUGCCCUUUCGCCUUCCUCGGUCGCCCACCAUGGCGUCACCAUGCGGCUGUACGAGUCCAGCAUCGCCAGCGGCAAUCUCCUCACGACGGGCAUCCCGAGAACGUUGAUUUCAAGGCAACGAGCGGUGCUCCACCGUCUCUUCGGUCUCUUUCUCAGUUGGUCUCCGCCCUCGCUACCUCCUUCUUGGGGAGUCCGGCAGGAGUACACGAGACUCAAGCUCCUCUAUCGGUCACUCGCCUCAUCUGCAAAGGUGCUCGCUGAUCCACGGCUGAAGAGGUCUCAGGUCAGAUACCUCUUUCGAAAGCUCCUGGCACGCAUCAGCCGAGAAGCCAGCUUCUUUCGGCGACAGAAGCCCACCAUUUCGACGCAUCGAGACAAGGAGCUGGACAGGCUGCGAAAGCAAGUGUGGGCUGACGUAGGUCGGACAUUGGCUGCAUGCGUGGACGAAGGCAUCGUUCCAGUAGUCACCGAUCGCAAAGGAGAGAGAGCGCUGCACAACGUUGUCAGGAGAGGAGCCGAGCUCGAGACUUUUCUCACCCUCUCUGCCGAUGCUCGCAUGGGCUCCAUUUGCCUUGCAGUCGCCCGGCAUGCCCAGCUCGCUGCCCAUCGGGAUGAGCAGGCAAAGGCACGAACAACGCACCGACAACAGGCCAUCGUCGAUGGGCAACAAGAAGAAGACUUCGACAGUCGAUCGCAGAGCAGGCUUUCGAAGCACUCGUCUUCGCUCUCGCUGCGCAGUACUCUGCCAAAGAAUCUCUCUAUUCGUCGCUACCACUACGCCGGACGGGAGGUUCACCAAGCCUUUGGAGACGAAACAUGCCUGCAACGCGUCGUCGACAGCCUUGCAAGGCGGGGGCAGGGCGCUGUGGCCAAGAAGUUGGCCUUUAUGGCACCGGUGGAGCAGCGAACGCCAGGAGUGCUGCAGAGCCUGAUGAGACAUUGGGGCGAGAACGUCAUGGUCAGUGUCGAGAUGGGCGAUCAGAUGCAAGUAGCAGAAUUGCGUCAACCCGUUUCGAAUGCCCUCGCGGAAAGAAAGGGACGUAGCAGGACCAACAUUAAGGAAGCGGUCGAGGUCGCAAGCUCUACCAUUUACCAAGAGCUUUUGCGGACAAAGGGACUGGACUUUGACCGGGAGACGAUGGAGGCAAGAAUGGCGUCGCACCGCAACCACCGGAAUCCAUUUCUGGUCUUUGACGAUCUCCGGAGGCGCCACCUGGCGAGCAGGGCCAAGGAUGCUGCUGACGGAACGGAGGAUGGGCAGCAAGCGCUGGAAGAGGGCAUGCUCAAGGUACUGCUAGGUCUCAGCGACGCCGCCCAGAUUCAUGCGGUCGAGACCUAUGCACGGGCAGGCCGGGUGCGCCAUGCAAUCAAGCUCGGCCGGAGGCUCAUUGACGCGCGAAUGCAGGCUUCCGUUGGCCGCCAGAGGCAGCUGUACUUCCAGACGCGCGUCCUCAAUCUCGUCGUUCGCGCCAUUCUCUUUGGUGGCGCAAGAGACCCGGCGGUGCAGUCUCGUCUUGUCGGCAUCAGGAGACGCAGGCAGAGCCGGACUGCAGCCUUGAUGGACGGCGACGCGCUCAAGCUGCGGGCAAAGCAGCUACGGAGGAUCAGACGUCGGGGCAGGACACCAAUGGAGAACCGCAUCGUCAGCGCUCUGGCAACCAUCAGGACCUUCGGAUGGCCCAAUGCGCAGACGACGACGCUUCUCGUCAACGCGCUCUGCCGUGUGUCGCCGGCCAAGCUCUCGGACGCCGCACUGGUCCAUGCGCUUGAGGUCUCGUUUGACUGGACUGCGAGAGGCGCGGAGCACGUCUGCACAGACCUCGCUGCGCUGCUGGAUGGAGCCCGCUGCGGAGCUGAGGCGUUUGAUCGGGCAGCGUCGAGGCGGGCCAUUCUGCUGAUGGCAAAGGCCAGGCGCCAACACGCGCUGCUCGCCAGGCACUGCAGGCUAGUGCAGCGCUUCCUCCUGAGAAGAAGAAACAGGCCGUUGGCGACGCACGCUGCGCUGAUCGCCGACGAACUUGACAGAGGUGCUCUCGCAUGAUGCUGUACAGUACAUUUAUUCACUACCCACUACAACUACUACUACUACUGCAUUGACACUGGUGUUACAUAAUGUGACGAUU